AUGGCGCAGCCGAAUCUGCAGACCACGGAGCUGCUCGCGAGCGGCUGUCCACUGCGCUGUCGCAAUGGAGCGCCCGUCAUCUUGGGCAUCGACGAGGCCGGUCGAGGACCUGUCAUGGGUCCGAUGGUCUACGGCGCCGCGUAUUGGCCCGCGGCCGAGCACGACGCCAUGUGCGCGUUGGGCUUUGACGACUCGAAAGCGCUGAGCGCCGCGAGUCGGGCGCAAUUGUUUGACAAGAUGCGGUCGACAGAGGGACUCGGGUGGAUCGUGCGCCUGAUUUCGGCCGCCGAGAUCUCGGACAAGAUGCAGCGCCAGACGCGCAACUUGAACGAGAUGUCGCGCGACGCAGCUAUUCAGUUGAUCCAAGAGGUGCAGAAGAAAGGUGUCGUGGUGAAGCAGGUGUUUGUGGAUACGGUAGGCGACCCGCGCUGGUACCAGAGCUUUCUGACGAAACGCUUUGGCGGAACCAUUGAGUUUCGCGUGGAGAAGAAGGCAGACAGUCUGUUCAAGGUCGUGAGUGCUGCGAGUAUUGCGGCCAAAGUGACGCGCGACCGCGUUAUCAGCGACUGGAAGUGGGAGUCGGCAGCGCUCGAUCUUCCGACGGACUUUGGCUCGGGGUAUCCAAGCGACCCCAAAACGAAGACGUGGCUGGCGAAUCAUAUGGACGACGUGUUCAUGUUUCCAAAUAUCAUUCGCUUCAGCUGGGGCACCGUCGAGCCGUUUUCUGAGAAGGCCGUCAAAGUCGAGUGGCCGCACGAGAAGGAGCUCGAUAAGGCCAAUGCUCCUGCAGGCACCCAAUCCAUAACGUCGUUCCUCGCCACGACAUCCACGCAAGGCAAGCCUAAGGUUGCUGCCACACGCGCCGCUUUCUUCACGCAGAGAAACAUGCACGACGUGAAUGACUUUUAG